GGCCGAGCGAGUCGAUGAGGACGCGCUAGAGGCCCGGCGCCCGCAGAAGCGUUCUGCUGUGCUGGGGGCUGCUCGCUGCCUUUUGCGGCGUGGGCACGUGUCUGUCUCCUUGGAGAGGCAGGCAGGCGACCUGGGACGUGAGUCGGCCUUCACGCAGGAUGCUGUGUUCGCUGCUGCUUUGUGAAUGUCUGUGGCUGAUAGUGGCUUUUGCUCAUGAUGAUGAUUGGAUUGACCCCACAGACAUGCUUAACUAUGAUGCUGCUUCAGGAACAAUGAGAAAGUCUCAGGUGAAAUACGGUAUAUCAGAAACUAAAGAGGUCAGUCCUGACUUGCAUGCUGAUGAGUUGUCAGAAUGUUACAGCAGACUUGAUUCUUUAACUUAUAAGAUCGAUGAAUGUGAAAAGCAAAAGAGGAAAGACUAUGAAAGUCAAAGCAAUCCUGUUUUUAGGAGAUACUUAAAUAAGAUUUUAAUUGAAACCAGGAAGCUUGGACUUCCUGAUGAAAACAAAGGCGAUAUGCAUUAUGAUGCUGAGAUUAUCCUCAAAAGACAAACCUUGUUAGAAAUACAGAAGUUUCUCAGUGGAGAGGAUUGGAAGCCAGGAGCCUUGGAUGAUGCACUGAGUGAUAUUUUAAUUAAUUUUAAGUUUCAUGAUUUUGAAACGUGGAAGUGGCGAUUUGAAGAUUCCUUUGGAGUGGAUCCAUAUGAUGUGUUGAUGGUGCUUCUGUGUCUGCUCUGCGUCGUGAUGUUAGUGGCUACUGAGCUGUGGACGUAUGUUCGUUGGUACACCCAGUUGAGACGUGUUUUGUUCAUCAGUUUUCUCGUCAGUUUGGCAUGGAAUUGGAUAUAUUUAUAUAAGCUGGCCUUCGCCCAGCAUCAGGCCGAAGUUGCCAAGAUGGAGCCACUGGACAAUGUGUGUGCGGAGAAGAUGGACUGGACUGGCAGUCUCUGGGAAUGGCUUAGAAGUUCAUGGACCUAUAAGGACGACCCAUGCCAAAAAUACUAUGAGCUCUUAUUAGUCAACCCUAUUUGGUUGGUCCCACCAACAAAGGCACUAGCAGUGACAUUCACCAAUUUUGUCACGGAGCCACUGAAGCAUGUUGGGAAAGGAACUGGCGAAUUUAUUAAAGCGCUCAUGAAGGAGAUUCCGGUGUUACUGCAGGUCCCGGUGCUGAUCAUCAUGGCAUUAGCCGUCCUGAUUUUCUGCUAUGGUGCUGGAAAAUCAGUUCCUAUGCUGAGACAUGUGGGUGGUCCUGAAAGAGAACCACCCCGGGCACUUGAGCCAGGUGGGGAAAGAAGAAGGCUCCAGGAGAUUGAUGCUAGACCCCAUGGGGGAGCAGGUGAUGCAGAUUUCUAUUAUAGGGGCCCCGUUGGCCCCAUUGAGCCAAGCCCUUAUGACAAAACAUAUGAGGGUAAAAAAGAUGUUUUGAGAGAGAGAGAUGUUGACUUGAGAUUUCAGACUGGCCACAAGAGCCCUGAAGUGCUUCGGGCAUUUGAUUUACCAGACGCAGAGGCGAGAGAGCAUCCCAAGGUGGUACCCAGUCCUAAAGCACCUAUUGUGGAUACAAAACCCAAAGAGCUGGGUGGGACCCCAGGAGAAAGGACACCGACAGAAAGCAGCGCUGAGAACAGCCAGUCGGCUCAGCCCGUCUCCGGACCGAAGAGAGCGGAGGAGAGCGCGGCAGGCUCCCCUGUGCGGGAGGAAGCGCAGCCCAGCACGGAUGAUGCCACGGGCGGCCCGGCAGGCGCAGCUGCAGCCGAAGGGGGGACACGUGGAAAGGAUGCGGACGAGGCCCCUGCGGCUGGAGGAACACAGACGGGGCCGCAGCCCUGAGGUCGUCUUUGGGUUUUGUAAAGUAUACUCUUCACAGCUGUUUCCUCUUCUCUGCAAGUACGCUGGUGUUGACUGCACAGGUGCCAACUCCAACAUGGGUGUUUGUACUGACAGAAUUAAGGAGUGCACAUGUAUCUCCAUUUAAUUUCAUCUUUCUUUGACACUAAGAUGCAUCCCAUGAAGUUUUAAAGUGUUAAUUUUGGAACAGGAUCUCAUAGAUGAUCAUAUGGCAGGCAUUAGUGAUUUUGAAUAAUUAAAGAGGCGAGUUUGAAUCAGGGAACGUUGAGAAAGUCCUAUUGUUUACAGGCAUAUAUGGGAACCAAAAUGUGUGUUGCCUGGUGGAAGUCCUGCUUGAGUUAAUAGGAUGCUCUGUCAAUUGUGCCCUGGACUCAGCAUGUUUCUACGAGUGGUAGGUAGCUAUUCAACAUCAGUGUUUAAGGAGAGUCGCUGUGGUCAGGUUGACCUUCUUCAUGGACCUGAGCAUCACUGCAGCCACGGAGGCCGCAUCACCAGCGCCGUGUAGGCCGCCCACAGACCAGCCUUCAUCUCUUAACUCCUAGCGCCAUCACUGGGUCUGCUUCCUCAUCACCGUGUUUACUUUAUCCUUAGCUAAGACAGAACCGAAGACUGUCAGGAGAGUUUUGAUCACAUAGCUUGUUAAAUCAGUAACCUCAGUUUUACAUGCCUGGAGAAUGGCUUUAUUCUUUCCCCACCAGAUGAAGUGCACAGGUUUUAUAAGACCUGUUUUCUUUGCUACUCAGAAUCACAGUAGUUGAGAUUGUCUUAUUUACAUUACAGUAAACCAUACUGUCCAAGCCAUAUGAAGUUCUAAUUUUUAUUUUUUAUUAAAAAGAAUUUUUUUAUGGCUGCACUCGUGGCAUAUGGAAGUUCCCAGGCUAGAGACUGAAUCUGAGCUGCGGCUGCAACAGCUUUGGCAAUGCUGGACCUUUAACCCGCUGCACUGGGCUGGGGAUUGAAGUGCAGCUUCAUUUGCUUUCACAGUGACCUGAGCUCCUGCAGUUGGAUUCUUAACCCAUUGUGCCACAGCGGGAACUCCUGAAGUUCUCAUUUUUAGAGAUCUAUACAAAACGAAGAAUGAAUACCAAAAUAAGGAAAACAGAGUAGGGGGAGUUUUUUUUUUAAUCCUAGACAUGUGAUAUAAUCAAUAUUUAACAUUAUUUUGAUUUUUCUUAAACUAGAACUCAUUUUAAACUUCUUAAAAGAGUAAUUGACAAAUUUUGCACAAGACCUAACUAGGAAGCACAUAUUACACAUUUUUGGGUAUCCUUUGUUUGAGCCUUCACACUACAGGUUAUGUUCAGCUACUUAACUCAAAAUGAUACCAGUCAGGAAUAGUUUUAAACUUUUCAUGCAGACAUUUCUUUUGGGGGGGGGGGAGACUUGAAAGCACUGGCUUUUUGAUACAUUUUUAACCUAACCCCUUUUUGGAUCCCAGAACAUCACUUGAAUGCCUGUAACAAUUUUAUAUGCCAACACUAUUUUCUAGCUUAAUGUUGCAGACAUCUUUAGUAUUUCAUCAGAAAGGAAGUUUUUUUUUUUUUUCCAAGAAAUGCAAAAUGAUUUUAUGUUAAGCUUUAUAACACCCUGGGCGUGUGGGGAUGCCCAGCUUUGGGAGAGAUGUAUGAACCUCGAUGCCCACAAAGUAGUCCUCUGGGGGCCAGGCCUGUUCACACCAGUGGUGACUGUGCUCCCAAGGGGCUAGUUCCGCUCUGAGCUGUGGAAUGAACACCCCAGUUGAUAGACAGUAACUGUGAGAAUAGUUAAUGUCGUUUUGCACUUCUGACUGCUUUUUAUCAAUCCAAAAACUAACCUUUAAAAGAAAAUUUAAGUAAAAGUUCACCUUUGUAUUCUUUCAUUACAGAUAACCAUGAAAUGAAAGGGGAUGAAAUCUACUUGGGACAGCUAGCAAGGCACCAAGCUACUGCUGUUGAAAGAUGACAGCAAUUCAGGGAAGACCUAUUAAAGCAAAUUGAACAUAUCAAGGCCAAUUUAAACUAGAAGAAAUAGGCUUGUUUGUUGUCUAGCCAAUAUUUAUCAUUAAAAUCAAGAAUUAUAGUAACAAGCUUUUAGGAAAAUCAGAGUGGGGUAGACUUUUUCAAAGCAAUUUUUAAGUGGAAUAGUUAAUGUUGAAUGUUGACAGGGUUUAAGAACUACCGUAUACGCAAAAUAAACACUUAUUUUUA